AUGAGCAUGUACGGGAGGGACCCGUGGGGCGGCCCGCUGGAGAUAUGCCACGACUCGGCCACGGACGACGACCGCAGCCGGAACAUGGACCUGGACCGGGCGGCGCUCUCCCGGACGCUCGACGAGACGCAGCAGAGCUGGCUGCUGGCCGGGCCCGGCGACCAGGGCCGCAAGAAGAAGAGGUACGUCGACCUCGGGUGCCUCCUCGUCAGCCGCAAGAUCUUCCUCUGGACCGUCGGGGUGCUCCUCGCCGCCGCCGCGCUCGCGGGGAUCGCCGCCGGGAUCGCCAAGGCCAUCCCCAGGCACCACUCCCCGCCCCCGCCGCCGGACCAGUACACCGUCGCGCUGCGCAAGGCGCUCAUGUUCUUCAAUGCGCAGAAAUCCGGAAAGCUGCCGAAGCACAACAAUGUACCAUGGCGCGGCGACUCGUGCCUCAAGGACGGACGUUCUGACCAGUCAUUCCGGCGAGACCUCUCCGGUGGGUAUUACGACGGUGGUGACGCCGUGAAGUUCAACUUCCCAGCUGCCUUCUCCAUGACCCUCCUCAGCUGGAGCGUCAUUGAGUACAGCGCCAAGUACGAGGCUGCUGGGGAACUUGCCCAUGUCCGUGACACCAUCAAGUGGGGGGCCGAUUACUUAUUGAAGACCUUCAACUCCACCGCAGAUACCAUUGACCGCCUGGUCGCCCAGGUGGGUAGUGCCGCGUCCGGCUCGACUCAGCCCAAUGACCAGUAUUGUUGGAUGAGGCCAGAGGAAAUCGACUACCCGCGUCCAGUCACCGAAUGCCACAGUUGCCCCGAUCUUGCUGGUGAGAUGGCUGCGGCAUUAGCCGCAGCAUCCAUCGUGUUCAAGGAUAAUAGGGCUUACUCGCACAAGCUGUUACAUGGUGCUACCACCGUCUGGAAAUUUGCAAGCGAUAGGAAUAAACGUGGGAGUGGGAGCUAUAGUCCACGCGGAUCAGAUGCUGCAAAGUUCUACAAUUCAACCAACUACUUUGAUGAAGCUGUGUGGGGUGGUACGUGGAUGUACCUCGCGACAGGCAAUUCAUCAUACCUCGAGAGGGUUACAGAUCCCAAGCUUGCAAAGAGGGCUGGUGCUUUCUCAGGUGGUCCGAACUAUGGGGUUUUCAGCUGGAACAAUAAGCUCCCUGGUGCACAGGUUCUUCUGAGCCGGUUAAGGCUCUUCUUGAGUCCUGGGUAUCCUUAUGAAGAGAUGUUGAGGACGUUCCACAAUCAAACAGGCAUUAUCAUGUGCUCUUACCUUCCGGUUUUCAAAUCUUACAACAGAACAAAAGGUGGUUUGAUACAGCUCAAUCACGGGAUGCCACAACCUCUCCAGUAUGUCGCCAAUGCUGCAUUCCUUGCGUCUGUGUUCAGUGACUAUCUUGAAGCUUCAGAUACCCCUGGGUGGGAUUGUGGCCCCCAUUUCUACUCGAUUGAGGUUCUUCGCAGUUUUGCAAGGACUCAGAUUGAGUACAUCUUGGGCAAAAAUCAUUUGAAGAUGAGCUAUGUGGUUGGGUAUGGAAAACGUUACCCUAAGAAUGUUCAUCACCGUGGUGCCUCGAUCCCGAAGAAAGGUGGUCACCGUGGCUGCACGGGAGGGUGGCACUGGAGGGACAGCAAGAAGGCCAAUCCUAAUAUCAUUAAUGGAGCUAUGGUGGCUGGUCCUGAUCGCCAUGACGGCUUCAAAGAUGCCCGGAAGAACCGUAACUACACAGAAGCAACCCUAGCUGGCAAUGCUGGUCUAGUCGCUGCAUUGGUCGCAUUAUCGGGUGAAGGCCAUGGAGUGGACAGGAACACCAUGUUCUCUGCUGUUCCGCCCAUGUUCCCUUCUCCCCCGCCGCCUCCAGCACCAUGGAAACCAUGACGAACUGGUGUUCAGGAUAGCGGAGGAGAUUAGAUAACUGGUUCUUUUAUUACUUUUAGUGUAGUAUAAUCACAAUGACAUGCUAGUAGAUCGCCAUGUAAGAACUAUGACGUUGUAUGAAACAUUUAUGC